AUGCACGACUCGGACCCAUUCUUCCUCCCGCCUACCGAUCUCCUCCCCACCGACCCCCUCCCCGUGGACCCGGACGCGCCAUACCUUCUCACUGUCUCGCCUCCCGGUGACCCGCGUUUCGGUCCUAUCCUCUACCAGCUUCACUCCCUUUUCCUUCGCGCUGGACCGCUCCAGUCGCGCUUCAGCUGGUGGCUCUACACCUCGGUCCCCCUCUACAUUGUCUUUGCGCAGGCGUACAUUCUCGUCGGUGGCAAGAAGGGAACCAGGCCCAUCCGUGCUGCUCUCGCUGCUGCCUACGUCUCGCUCACGCUGUACAAUGUUAUGACGUACCGCAUUGUCGACCUGCGCCUCAACCUCUGGAACACGGCCCUCCUGCUUCUCAUUAUGCAAGUGGGCAUCCAGUCCGUCGAGUUUGGUCUGCUCAAGGACCCCAUCAACGAUCCUUACAUGCACUUUCACAAACGCCGGCGUAUCGUGGCAGCGUACGACCUCAUCCUCAACCAGCGCAUGCUCUCCCUCGGUGCUGUGGGCCUCGAUGUUGGCGCCGGGCCACCCAAUGCCGUCAUCAACAAGCUCGAUGGCCCCCAGAUUGAGCGUCAGUAUUCCUUGUCUCGUCCAAUGCCCCCACGCCCCAAAACCCGUUUCGGUGCUGUUCUCCGUCACCUGGGGCACACCUUGCGGGCGUACCUCAUUCUGGACAUUAUGAUGGGUCUGUCGCAAGUGGCUACCAGCCCCGAGUGGUCUGCCAUCCGUGGCGGUACCCUUCCUGCUGAGGCGGACAUGAUCGACAAGUUGGCUGCCAAGAACCACUUUACGUUGUUCCCCGGCACACUCAACAUUCCAAUCAGCUCGUGGGGCAUCGGCUAUACGACUUCAUAUGCCUGCAACAUUUGUGUCUGGGUCGGGUUCACGUUUGCGUACCACAUCCAGGCCGCCCUCACCAUUGCUUCGGGCCUUUGGGAGCCCAGCUCCUGGGACCUGGACCUCUUCUUUCACCCGUGGUUCGCCGACUCGGUCCUCGAUUUCUGGGGCAGGCGCUGGCACCAGAUUCUGCGUCACCACUUCAACAUUCUGUCCAUGGCCACCAUCAACAUCCUCGGCCUCCCGAUAUCGUCCUACACCAUCAUCCCCCUCACGUUCUUCUGGUCCGGUAUGCUCCACGCCCUCGCCGGUCUCAACAUGCAUCCAGCUCCCUCGCCCUGGCCGCUUGCUGGGUUCUUCUUUGCCCAGGCGCUCGGCUCGUGUGCCGAAGUCGCGUUCAAGAGGUACACUGGUGUCCGCGUCGGUGGAUGGUGGGGCAUGAUCUACUGCCAGCUCUUCAUGAUGCUCACCGGCCGCGCUGCCGCCAACUCGUGGAUCGACGCCGGUCUCGCCGGCGCGACAGUGACGGCGCCGUAUGGCAUCGGCAGGAUCAUCGCUCCCUACAUUCUCAAGUCGGAGCGCAUCCUCUCUGCCGUGCCAUCGAUGAACUAG